CGCCCGCUGUUUGAUGUGGAUGUAGCAGAACGGCUCCGGCUCACAAUUAGCACGGUAGACGCAGCUCGUUAGGUUGGUAAGCAGACAGACACUUCAUCGCCCUCGGCUGACGAGCAGGACACGAGUUUACACAUAAAACAGCACAUAUAAACCUCUCCGCGCUCCUGCGUGCAGCCGCUGUUGUCAUCGCUGUUUUAGCGCUAGCACGCUAGCGCGCGACGGACGGCUGUCAGUAAAGUGAGCUAAACAUUAGCGUGUGUAUUUAUUAUUUCUAUCAGUGUCGCAGCCAAACGGGGAAGCAAAGCAACUUAUUUUGUGGUAAUCGGUUGAUUUUGAGGAACAUAUCCCACUGACAGCCCGGGGAUUGCUCGUAAUGUUGACGGACGCUCCAGCUGCCGGUAGCGGGUUCGAGUCUGGUGUUACGGAAGAACUCGUUCUCGUGUUAACCGGUGCUUUAGAGUCUGUUGUUGCUGCUGAUAACAUAAAAUAUAAACGUAUUUCCAUUCGUAGAGCAAACCAGAUUGGAGUGCAACGUUAUUAUCAGUAAUUGUGUGCCAAUCUAUUUCUGUAAACAUUGUAUAGUUCGACAUUAACUCACUCAAAUGCAUUCAAAUCCUCCUGCAGUAGUGCUUGUUCUCACUGGAUCAAGUCAAGUUUCAAGUCUAUCCACGGAGGAUCCUGAAAUUCACAACCCAUUGCCACUGAGUCUUUGCGAAAACUGUGAUGAGCAGACUUUACAACAUCAGACUCCAGGAAAAGUGGCAUCAAGCCCCGAGGCUCCCGAUAUCCAGGUGAUCAUCAAAGAGGAAGAGGAAGGCUGGACUGUGAGUGAAACCUAUGAGAGCCUCACUGCAGAGGGAGAAAAACAGGACACUCCUGCAGACGUUUGUCUUUCCCACCUGGAAGCAUGCAGGAAGGAGAGCUCUGCUUCAGUGAGGAGAUGGCAGGCGCUGUGCUGUGAGGACGGCGGCGGCUCGCUUCGGUGUGGCCUCAGCUCCGCGUCGAGAGAGGAGCGUCGCAGAGACACGCCGGCGAGCUCCGGCGAGAAACCCCAGACUUCCCGUCGACGUGGAAAUGUGACUGAGCAUCGGCUCAGUAGCGCAGGGGAGAAAACCUCCUCCUGCCUGGAAGAUGACGCGAGCCCCGAGGACAAAAUCAUCAUGAAAUCCCAUCAGAGCUCUCCAGCAGAGGAGCGGCUCGCACACGACCCGAGCACGUCUUUACUCCCACAAGCAGAACCGUGUCACAGGAAAAGACCAGCACCCUGCCAAACAGACUCCAGUGAACGGAAACGCCCGAGGUCACACGGACUCAAGGUGGCGUCUCCAAACUUAGACGACCAAACGCUCCAUUUGACCGUCAGGCUGCAGGCCGGCGAGGAGGGAGGUGAGGAGGAGGAGGAGAGUCGAGAUGAAGAGGGAAUUGGAGGUUUUAUCAACUCAGAUGGAGAAGUGGUUGAGUGGGAUGCCAGAGACAGUCCAGAUCGAAGCUCUGAUUGCACAGAAGGUCCUCAGCUCCGUAAGGGCGCCGUCCUGCCUGAGUCUCAGCUGCAAGGCCAAAGCCAGAGGGAUGGCGGCAGUCCGGCGCUCACCAUGGAGGUGGUGUCGGUGGGGGAAGAUGGAGAAAGGGAGGAGGAGGGGGAAACGCAGGCAGAGGGAAAGACUGCGGCCGUCUCUUCUUCACACCGUGGAAAGAGACAGAGAAGAAAGAAAAACGUUCCAGUGGGUUCUUCGGUCAGCUCAGACGCAGAGAGAGACGUUCCUGCAAACGCUGCGAAGAGAAGAGACAGAAGGAAGAAAUGUGAAGCGGCACCGGUGUCAGAUGAAGACUUGGAUGCAGAACCAGGAAUAUCAAGGCGAACUCGAAGAAAGAGAACUUUACGGACCGUAGUCGAACCCGAGGAAUUCACCUCCAAACCGGCGCGCCGAGUUCCUGCAAAGCGAUCCUAUAAAAAACGAAAACCCACCACACCAUCUGCUGAAGAGACAGGAGAAAGCACAGGUCUUUGCCCGGGUGAGAGCAAAAAAGGAAAGAAGCGCCCCGGCAGGAAGAUGGUCCGCGUCCCGAUAGAAAUACCUCCCGAGCUCCUGAAGAAGCCCAAAGAGAAGAUCGAGUACCACUGCUCGGUGUGCGGCAAAGAGUUCCCUCACGCCUACAAACUGGAGAGACACGAGCUGAUCCACACGGGCGAGAAGCCGUACUGCUGCUCCAUCUGUGGCCGCGGCUUCAACCAGAAGGGAAAUCUCAAAACGCACUACAAAGUUCACUUGGGUCGUAAAGGCGCCGUGGACUUGGACGACGAGGUGGAUCCCGUAGCGUCAGAACUCUCCCAAUACUUGAAGUCUCUGCCCGGGGAGUCCAGGAUCCGCUCGUCCCUCCGCUGCCUGGACUGUGGAACAGAGUGCGAGAGCCAGUCGGCGCUCCAGGCGCACCACGUCACGACUCACGCUCAGGCGGCCGCGGACCCGGACGAGACCGAGAGCGGCGCGUCGGAGCUCCUCUUCUGCCGCCGCUGCGGAGUCCAGUUCGACCAGAAGGACAAGCUCGAGGAGCACAUGAAGACCCACGUCAAGGAGAAGCCCUUCUCCUGCCCCGACUGCGGGAAGAGGUUCAUCAACGAGAGCUACAUCCAGAUCCAUCAGCGCAUCCACACCGGGGAGAAGCCCUUCCUCUGCUCGCAGUGCGGCAGGGGCUUCCACACGGCGUCCUCCCUCAAGCUGCACGAGAUGCAGCACUCUGGCGAGAGGCCCUUCGCCUGCGCCGUCUGCGGCAAGACGUUCCGCAUCAACUCCUACCUGACGGCGCACUACCAGACGCACAUCAAGGACCGGCCCUUCGUCUGCGGCGUCUGCGGCAAAGGCUACUCCCGGGCGGAGGAGCUGAAGGUCCACCACAGGCUUCACACCGGCGAGAGGCCCUACCGCUGCGGCGAGUGCGGCAAGAGCUUCAUCUACCGCCAGGGUCUGCGGCAGCAUCAGCGCACGCACGCCGGCAGACGCAUCGGGCCCACCAGGCAGCUCGGGCGACCCAAACAGCAGCAGGCCAGGCUGGACGUCCUGGCACCCGCAGGGACGAUCUCGUCCCCGCAGAGCCGCCUCCUCCAGAGGUCAAGCUGCCCGGGCUGCAGCCUGCCGCUGCUCCCCCGGGGCGAGGGGCUCAUCUCGGGCUGCACCAACAGAGCGAUGGGCUCUGAAAACCCAGAAGGCUUCGGACCGGCCGUGAUCCUCGUGGAGGAAGAUCAGCAAGAAAUCGGAGGUCUGAUCAACUCUGACGGGGAGGAAGUGGACCUCUCAGAUCUCAGAGUGGGUGCUAUCCCCGGCCUGCUGUCUCCUGACGGCCCCACAAAGCCUUGUGGCCACAGUGAAAAUGAGAAGCUGCCGUCCCUCCACAGCUGCUCCGUGUGCGGCAAAGACUUCCCCUACGCCUCCAAGCUGCAGCGCCACCUCCGCACCCACUCGGGAGAGCGGCCCUUCCCCUGCUCCAUGUGCGAGAAGAGGUUCCCCGAGAAGGGGCUCCUCAUGAUCCACGAGAGGGUCCACACCGGGGAGAAGCCCUUCCCGUGCACUUUCUGCGAGAAGCGGUUCGCCAGCCAGGGCGAGCUGCGGCUGCACCGGCGCACGCACACCGGCGAGCGGCCGUACCACUGCUCCAUCUGCCUCAAGAGCUUCUCCCGCCACUGGCACCUGAAGACGCACUUGGAGGCGAUGCACUGCGAGGUGGUGGCGGGCUUCAGCAGGAAGAAGUUCCCCUGCUCGGACUGCGAGAAGAGCUGCAACUCGGCGGCCGAGCUGAGGGACCACCAGAGGACUCACACCGGGGAGAGACCCUUUCAGUGCUCCUUCUGCGACAAGCGCUUCGCCCUGUCGGGCACGCUGGUCCGACACGAGCGCCUCCACACCGGCAUCACGCCCUACCACUGCUCCGACUGCGGCAAGACGUUCGCGCAGCAGUGGACCCUGACCACGCACAUGCGCACGCACACGGGGGAGAAGCCGUACAGCUGCACGCAGUGCAGCAAGUCCUUCGUGGCUCCCGGAGAGCUCCGGCGCCACACCCGCAUCCACACCGGAGAGAAGCCGUACACCUGCGCCGACUGCGGGAGGCACUUCUCGCUCGCAGGGACUCUCAGAAACCACAAGCGGUCGUGCACGCAGACCAAGACCGAGCCGGCCGCGGACGCCGCCGCAGACCUCGUCCAGGAGGGAGCCGGCGGAUCGCCCGAGCAGGAGGCGCUCGCCGACGUCCUGCCCGAGGAGUCCAACAGCCGGAGCCUGCCGAGCGAAGCUGAGCCUCGGCCCUCCGACAGUCCCAGCUGUGUCAGAGCGGCUCCUCUGGAAACGGAAAAACGCCCAAAAGAAGCAGCGGACCAGCCGGAAGACGCGGCGUCCAGUCCGCAUGUGAAUGUAAUCGUGAAAGAAGAGGAAGAGGAGGAGCCUCUGUUUGCAGAGGAGGCUCCACACCAGCCGUCUGGCGAUGAUCUGAACAACACGCCGCAGAGCCCUGAAGAGCGGCUUCAAGAGAGCGUCACGGAGAUCAGGAUCAGAGUGAAGGAGGAGGAAGACGAGCCUGUGAAAAUCUCUGCAGAACGUCCGGAUCCCGUGGCUGACAGUAAGAAACGCAGCCCGCCAGCCCCCGCCGUGCCCGAGCCCGUCAAGAAUAAAGUGAAAAAAAACUCCUACUGCUGUGGCCUCUGCGGGAGAGACUGCCACAAGAUGUCGGCUCUCCAGAUCCACAUGCGAAUUCACUCGGGAGAGAAACCGUACAAGUGCGCGGUGUGCGGGAAGCAGUUCACCCAGAAAGGUCAGCUCAAAGGUCACCUCAAAGUGCACACGGGCGAGAAGCCCUUCUCCUGCCCCGACUGCGGGAAGAGCUUCGCCCACUCCGGGGCCAUGAACAGACACCGGCUCACGCACACCGGCGAGCGGCCGUACCACUGCUCCGUGUGCGACCGCAGCUUCAACCAGUCCGGCCGGCUCCGAGAACACGAAAAAAUCCACUUCGGGGAGAAGUUUGACUGUCCCGAGUGCGACAAGAGCUUCACCCGCGCGUCCAGCCUGAAGAACCACUUCAGGCUGCACACGGGCGAGCGGCCGUACGGCUGCAGCGUCUGCGGCCGAGGCUUCAGCCGCUCGCAGAGCCUGAGGCUCCACAAACGCAAGCACGAGCAGGACCAGACUGACGGCGAGUCGGCGUUCAGCGCCAAGAACGACGACUUCUUCCAGAGCGACGACGACUCUCCCAUCAACAUGUGCAUAACGGACAAAAAUGACUGAUGUAUUUAUGUAUGUAUUAAUGUUCCAGUUGCAAUAUUUCGACACUUCAGAGAGUAAAACGUGAAGCUAUUAAAGGGGAAAGAGACUACUUCUGUGACUUGACCACCUUUUCUUCUCACUGAAUUGUCCAACUUUUAAAUUAAGUGUGAAACUCCCAGAACAGCCGAGACGGGUGAGGAGCAGACUCAUGUCAGGCCACCUCCAGCAGCUCGACGCGCAGCGCCACGCUAACUUAUCACACCAAUAUUUAACGAAACCUUUGUAAAAAUUGCUAAGUAGUGAAUUUUCGAAGUCAUACUCUGAUUUAUCACUCUGUGUUCGAUGCAUUGGAGUAUUAAACCCACGUUUAGAGUGUUACGGUAGUAUAAAUGACUCUUUAAAAUCUGUGAUUUCAUUUGUCAUCGGACUAAUUGUGUGUGUGGAAACUGGACUGAAGAUUCGUUUUUAUGCUCGUCGGUCAGUUUAGGAAACAAGUCAAACUGGAGUUUCUCAUCUAGUCACGAUAGACACACAUCGAACCACAGGACUCUUGUCCACAUAGCAGCGUUUUUGAAGCAUCACAACUGAUUUUAAUCGUUUUCAGUGUUGCUUUUUCUCUUUUUGGAUAAGCUAGACAUUUCGUGCUUUACAGGUGCCUUUUUUUUUUUUUUACAAUCAACCAAUGACUAAACUAUAGUGAAUAAGAAUAUAUGACUAGAUGUGUUACUGGUGUGUGUAGAGAACAGAUGGAGUCGUUGCUGGUAGACAUUAUCGGUUGUUUGCUUGUAUCACACGGGGUGUUGACAGCUCGCCGUCAGCUCGCCAUGGAGUUAAAUGUUUACUUUGGAGUGCAGUUACUGAGAUUUCUUGUCUGAUGGGUGUACUGUUGUUGGGCUUACUUCUGAGGCCUUGCCAGAAAAACAAAAAAACAAAACCUGCUAUGUGGACACGGACAGUGGUGAAUACGUUUUAACACUGCUAGUUAGUGAAAGUGGAUCCAAUAUGCUGCACAGUUCACUGCUUCGAAACUUUAAGCUCUGCUGUCGUGCAGCCUGUCUACUCUAAUCUGCAGACAUGCCGUUUGAAAUACUUGUCAUUUGACACCAGCAUCAUUGAAUGCAGCAGUAUAUGGUUUUAACCCACUUCAUCACAGAUGAUCUGAUGUGGUCUCUGGACUCCAACCGAAACUCCAGUGAAGCAUAUUGGAUCUACCACAUCUUGAGUUGGGUUCACCAGGUUCCGACUCCUCCUGGAAGUUCAGUAGCCGUCCUGAAGGAAGGAAUGUGUUUUUCAUGCUGUGUUGCAGAUGGCAAUAAAUUGAAGCAAAGUAGAUGGUAACUUUUUCCCAGUGCUGCUUCUGUCUAAUUGUAUUGGACAUGUGAUAUACUGAAAAAUAAAAGUGAAAGUGCUGAAGA